AUGACCCACAAUGAAUAAGAGUAACCAAAUAUGCAAAACAUCCUUCAAGCCUUCGCACAAUGCAACCUUGCAUGCAAAGACAUCGAAGACCAACGAAUCAAAGGUAUUCUAAUGAAUACGAACGAUGGCAUGGUAUAGGUAAUCACACUAUUAACUGUGAGGUUUUAUUUUUUUCUUAAGCAAAUUUCAAACAUUCAAUGACUCAGUGA